GUCGCAUGUUGGAUGGCCUCGAUGACGACUGCGUGCUCCGCGAGGUAGAGGUGUGUUGGAAUGGCUGGACGAGGUUCGCAAGAGGUGUAAGCGUCACAUCAUCGAGUCAAACGCUGUGCAAAGCGAGGAACCACUCCUGGCAAUGGCUACGCCCAAGCUCAAGCGCCUCCUGCAGAUACUGUGGACCUUCCGGCCGCAGGAACGGCUGCGGAACGGCAGCGAUGCCGAUGCUGCAGAACCGCAGAUGUCACUGUGCGGCAUCAUCUUCGUCAAGGAGCGCAUCGUGGCACGUAUCCUUCGCGACUGGCUGCGCGAGCUGGCCGACAAGAUUCCGAGGUAUGCCUACAUUGUGGCUGAGUUCAUCGUGGGUCACGGUGCCAACCUCCAGCUUGGUUCCAAGGAAGCUGGGAUGUCCUUCAAGAAGCAGUGCAGGGUUUCACAAUAG